AUGGGAAAGAUAAUCUUUUAUGAAGACAAAAAAUUUCAGGGACGCUCCUAUGAGUGUCACUCUGAGUGUCCAGACUUGUCCUCAUUCUUUAGACAUUGCAACUCCAUUCGUGUUGAAAGUGGAAAUUGGAUCCUAUAUGAACACCCAAACUACAGAGGACACCAGUAUUUCCUUCAAAGAGGAGAAUAUCCUGAUUUCCAGCAAUGGAUGGGUUACAAUGACUCCAUUAGGUCUUGUCGUUUGAGCCCUGAGCAUAGAGGUUCAUUCAGAAUCAGUAUCUAUGAGAAAGAAGACUUCAGAGGUCAGAUGAUGGAGUUUACAGAAGAUUGUCCUCAUGUCUAUGAGAGAUUCCGCUUCCAUGACAUACACUCUGUACAUGUUCAUGAUGGGUACUGGAUGUUCUAUGAAGAGCCCAACUACAGAGGACAUCAGUAUUACCUGAGGCCUGGAGAGUACAGGAGAUAUUCUGAUUGGGGAGCCAUAAACUCUAGAAUCGGUUCCUUUAGACGAGUUCACCAUUUUUACUGA